AUGAAAAGUAAAUGGAAAAACUUUCUUAACCUUCAAGACAAAGAAUACCAUGUAUUUGCCAAUUAUAGUGAAGAUGAUGGUAACUUGGUAAACGGAUUGCUACAGCCCUUCGAGAAUAGAAAUUGUUUGUUCUACAAUCCUGAUCGUGAUGGGCUACCAGGUCAACCAAUCAUGCGCGGUCAUAUCGAAAAAGGAAUGGAACAGUCCAAGAUUUCCAUGCUUUUUAUCACAAAGAAUUUUCUGUCUGAUGAAUUGUGUAUGUUUAUGGCCAAUCUUUCUAUUUGGAAGUACAUGAAAACGAAAGGAAUUCAUCGAGUAUUACCAAUCAUCCUUCAGCCAUGUAAAAUACCCAGAUACCUGAAAGUCUUAAACUGUAUUCAUGUUUGGAAAUACGCAACUACUAGAUCAAGUAAUAUGAUGUACCAGACGCAAGCUAUUACUCGAUUAACGAAAGCCAUGCUAGAUCCACCACCAAAAUUUAGACGAAUAAGAUGGAAUGGAAUAAAAACACUGACAUGGACACGUAAUAUUAUUGAAAAAGUAAAGAAAUCGGCAUUAAAAGAAAAAGCUUCGAAUCAGUCAAUACACAACAUCAAUCUAUUUCAACUAUGGCGAUUAAUAGGUGUAUUAAAACAUUGCUUUCUAAACUGCCGGUACGGUCAUUGUUCAUUUGCUUGUAGUGGUAGAGAAUUCACAAGAUUUAUAAGCCAUGCAGAAGGAUGCAGAUAUAGAACAAUCAAGUGUUCAAACAAAGCUUGCCAGACUUUCCUUCCGAAAUGGUGUGUCGAUAAACAUGUCGAGGAAUGUCCACUAACCAGGAUAACUUGUCCAUCAGCUGGAUGCGGAAAGAAAAUCAUAAGAUGUCGAAUAGAACAACACUUGUUUAAAUGUCAACAUCGCACUAUUUUUUGUCCGAACAACCAUUAUGGAUGUGCCCAACGACUUACACAAAAAGACGCCUUCAAACAUUCAGAGAUCUGUUUGUUUGCUUCAUUUCUUUGCAAUAAAUGUGGUCAAACAAUAAUGAAAAAAGACAUACAUGAACAUGAGAAGUAUUGUAUAAAGUCUGAAACAAAAUGCAAGCUUUGUAAAAAAACGAUGAUUCGUGAAGAAGAGCUUUUUCACUUGGACGAUUGCGAAAUGGCGGUUGUCUCUUGUCCAAACAUAGGUUGUGGAAAAACAAUGGCCAGGCACAAAAUUUCAAAACACAAGUUGAUAUGCUUACUCACGAAUAUCAGUUGUCCAAAUUCUGAAAGGGGAUGUAACGCCAGAGAUAAAAGAAUAAGUAUACAAAAUCAUACAUCAUGGUGUCCAUUUAGACUCUCACAAUGUGAGUUUUGUGGGAGAAAAUUUAUUUUCAAGACACUUAAUUUCCACAUUAAAAACUGUCAGACGAAGAAGAUAUGUCAAUUAUGCGGAUCGUCCGUUCCUAGGUCAACUUGGGGAACUCACGAGCGUACAUGUCAAAAGAAUUACAGGUCUUCACCUGAUGAUGGUUGUCAUGUGAGAACUGGCACAUUGGAAGACAACAAAGAGUUAUGUAUGGAACAUGAUCACACUCCUCCAGUAGAGCAACCUGGUUUAGAUUUACCAGAUGGCCCAGCACUUUCUCCCCCGCAUGAAGAGCUUCCUAAAAGUGAUCCUUUAGCCAAUCAUCAUUCUACUCAUGGAACAAGUACAGUUUCAAUUCGAUGGCGACCUAGAACCAGUAGUGACAGUCCAGAUAAUGGUGGACCGCAGACUUUGGAAGAUUUUCUAAAAGAAAUUCUCCGCACGAAUAUCAAUGUCUAUUCGUUCGUCGAAAAGAAACGAAAAGUUGAAUUCCGACAUUAA